GGGAUGAAAUGGCGCCCCGCCUGAAGUUAUCUGGUAUCCAGAGGCAGGCCUUGGCAUUAUACAGAGGGUUCCUUCGGACAGCACGGCUCAAGUCUCCAGAGGAGCGCCAGAUGAUCGAGUCCGUUGUCUCAGCAGAGUUCCGUGAGAAUGCAAGAAGCGUCGAUCGCAGGAACUUUGUGUACAUUGAGUACUUGAUCAGGAGAGGGAAGCGGCAGCUUGAUCAGCUCAAGAAUCCUGAUAUUACUGGACUUUCUACCCUUCGAAUAAAUAAGGUUUCUUCUACUCCAUAAGAUUGUGCAAAUCAUGCUUUUGGUCUUUCUACUGGGAGAUAAUGAGAAGUGAAGGACUUUCUUUUGACGGUGUGUGGUAUAAUGGCACACAUAUGAAAACUCUCUACGCAGUAAAUUUCUGGAGCUCCCGCAUCGGCUGUAGAAAUCUCUAGAUUAAUUUCCUAGUAUC